AUGUACCGCUUAGACACCAUCAAGUCCCGAGCCCGGCACACGGCAUGGAAGGCCAAAAAGGGCUCCACCCAAUGGAAUCCUUGGGCCCGAAAGAUUUCCCACACCGGCGACUCGCUCUACGAUGAGGAGAACCCGCGCGAGUCGCACGACACCCACCACUCGAGAGCCCACUCCGAGGCUUGUGUCGCCGGCGAAGUCGAAUUGAACAGGAUCCCCGACGGCCAAGCCGGCCCUGUACAUGCCGCAACCAUGCCGCCUCCGUCGCGCGGCUCCACCGAGCCUUUUGGAGUCACCGCCAAUGGAAAUGGCGAAGCCAGCGACGGACUUACCAGGAGAAAGACGAACAAGACGGACAGCGACGAGGAGGAAAAGCCUGAGAGCUUGAACCGCCGGUCGAGCACCAAGCGCACGAAAAAGCAGCCCAUCAUCACUCCCUGGACCCAGUUCAAGCACGUCGUUUUUGGUUCCUGGGUUAACAUCCUGCUCCUCGCCGUCCCCGCCGGUUUUGCCGUCAACUAUGCCCACCUGAACGGCAUCAUCGUUUUCGUCAUCAACUUCAUUGCCAUUGUGCCGCUGGCUGGUAUGCUCAGCUAUGCCACCGAAGAGCUUGCCUUGCACAUUGGAGAGACUUUGGGCGGUCUGUUGAACGCGUCUUUUGGUAACGCCGUCGAACUUAUCGUCGGUAUUCAGGCGCUCGUGAAGAGGGAGCUUACGAUCGUCAAGACGUCCCUCAUUGGCAGUAUGCUCUCCAACUUGCUCCUCGUCAUGGGCAUGUGCUUCUUCCUCGGAGGCGUUAGCCGUGUUGAGCAGCACUUCAACGUCACGGUUGCUCAGACCAGCGCCAGCUUGCUCGCUCUGGCUGUCGCAAGUCUGAUCAUUCCCACCGUUUUCCGCAUGUGGGUUGAGCCCAAGGACGAGGUCGCCGAUCUUGUCGAUACCGACGCGCUUUCCCGCGGCACUUCCGUCAUCCUCCUCUUCGUCUAUGGCUGCUAUCUGCUUUUCCAGCUCAAGACCCAUGUUGUCAUGUACAACGAGCCAAGCAAGAAGGUCGAGAAGAGAACCAAGGAAGUCAAGGCUGGUUCCACCAACAUGGGACUUGCGGGCAUUGGCGCUGCUGCCGCGGGCGCUGUUGGAGGCAAGAUCCACGAGGACCAGCUCCUGAACAAGCAGGACGAUGACGACGACGAUGAUGAUGAGGAGGUCCCCGUCUUGACUGUGACUGGUGCCUUGGUUGCGCUUGCCAUUUCUACCGUUCUGGUUGCCUUCUGCUCCGAAUUCAUGGUCGACAACAUCUCCUCGGUUGCUGGCGAUGGCAAGGGUCUUUCCGAGACUUUCCUGGGUUUGAUCCUGCUCCCGAUUGUCGGUAACGCCGCCGAGCACGCUACUGCCGUCACCGUUGCCAUGAAGGACAAGAUGGACUUGUCUAUUGGUGUGGCUGUUGGUUCCAGCACGCAGAUUGCUCUGCUCGUCCUCCCUCUGACUGUUCUGAUUGGCUGGAUUAUUGGCAUUGAUGAGAUGAACCUUUCUUUCGACGGAUUCCAGGUUGCGGUCCUUUUCGUGUCCGUCUUGCUGGUUAACUAUCUGAUUGGAGACGGCAAGUCCAACUGGUUGGAGGGCAUGCUCCUGAUGACUACCUAUACGAUCAUCGCCGUCGCCGCCUUCGUUUACCCCGAUUAA